GGUACCCACUAGACAAUGGAGAGGAAUAUUUCACUAGUGAGGAUGAUGCUAACGCCAAUCUUACUGAAGAAGGGCAGGUAUUGUGGUGUUACGUAAUUAGCUAGAGAGCUUAAGCAACCGACGUUUUUGACAGCACGGACGAACUGAAGUCAAUCCAGCUGUUAUAGAUGAGUGAUGGCAGCAGCCGUUCUUGUUUGAAAUCACAAACGUGAAACUUCAUUGACUGCCGCUCUUGAUUUCAAGUAACAACUGUUGACGCCAUCACUCGUCAUCUACAGUAUAACGGCUCCAUUGACCUCCGGUUGGCGUUUGUGUUAUCAAAAACGUCGCUUGCUUAAGCUCUCUGAUAUAUCAUUAACACUCGCGUCAGUAGAAUGCUGAUAAAUUAAUAAUGGUAAUUGAACUGAGUAUAGUGCAAUUUGGACUGAAGUCAAACGCGUGAUUACAAAAUCGCACGAAGCGGGAGUGUGAUUUGUAAUCACAUGUUUGAUUUCAGUCCAAAAUUGCACUUCCACUUUAUUACAUUCAUUUUGAAAUCUUUAAUCUUAACAAUUUUUGUAAACCGGUGUCACAGGAAAUUACCCCCCCCCCGAAAAUUUCCCCCCCCUCCGGGCCAUUUGAAAAUUUCCCUUAAAAAUUAUAGUUUGUUUUAUCUUUAGGCUUGGAAAUCAUAAGGCUUCUACUAAAACACAUUUCUAGAAAUUUUUCUCAACUUUGUAGAAGACAACGUUAAUAAAUAAUGGCUGUAUCAUUAAGCUAUGGAAACGGAACGUCAUUCAAUUGCAAACCUUUGUGCUUUUGUGUGUGCGGAAUGUUUUUGUGAGCCAUGAAGCAUGCAGUCUACUUUCGUUUUCACGGAAUGCUUCUGUAAUGCAUCCCAACCACAUGAGCGAUUAUAUAUACUGUGUAUAUGCAAGUAAAAUGCAUAGGAAAAGGUUGUUUUACGAAGUAUCCACUCAUUUGAUUUUGUUUUUCGAACAAACGUUUCCACUCAAAAGUGUACUUUUACUGCUAACUGCUCUCUGUUAUUUAUUAGACGCGUGCAUAUUAACAUAUUCGCCAACGCAUGAUGUCAUCGUUUGCUAAAGUGCGGUUGUUAUUCUGACCAAUUUUAUACUAUGUGUCUGAAUUUAUAGAUCUAAAUAACUUGUAAUAUCUUAGAAAUUCCUAAAAAUCGUUUCGUGUUCUUAGCUUAAAGUUAAGCCAUCAUGCAUUAACGUUGUCCUCUACAGAUACCCAUGCAGUGUGAUGUGUCUAGCAUGUCUGCACUAGCACAUUAUUAUUAUUAUACGCUUUUCUUCAAACGUUUAGCUCUUGGCCGCAAUGAAGGCACAAAUAAAUUAUGCAAACUAACUAUAAAUACUGACAAACACUUUUAGGAUCUUCGUUUUAGAAGAAGCUUCACGAUUUCCGAGCUUAUAGCGAUAAAUUAAACUAUGUUUUCGAGGGGGCCAAAUUUCCCAAGGGGAGGCCAUAUUUCCUAGGAAACUGGGGAAAUUUCCUGGAAAUUUGGCCGGGGGGGGGGGCAAAUUUCCUGGGACACCGGAAACGUUUUUGUUCGCAAAAGACACACCUCCGGUACCUGAACCUCCUUGAGUGCUGUAGCAUAGCAACAAAUAAGCGAACAAGAUGAACUUUUAGUUUUGUUAAUAAAUUGUAUUUUAUUAAUAUACGUUCAAAAUACUGCAAAAAUGUUAAAGAAAUGAAGACAUUCAUAAAGAAUAAGAUACAACACAAGUAAGUUUAAACAUACUGUAGGUUUUACGAGUGAUUUGAUAGAGUUUUGGUGUAUUUUUGUCCGUUUAAAAUCGGAAAUACGAUAGGCAAAUUUACCUUGUUUUGCCUGGCGCUUUGAAUUUGCUUUUGUUGGCAUUUUGACCAUGUUUGAUAGAAGAUUAUGUUCUUAAUUUGCCUGUUACUAUUUGUGAAUUUUUAAAAAAGUUGAAAAUUGUUUGCAAUUCUUUGAUAGUUUACUGUAGCUAUCCAUAUUUUCUGUUUUUAUGUGCAACAAAUUGCUUAGGCAGUCAAGAGCAAUCAUGACAUAUGUAAAUUUGUUGUUUUUGCUCAUUUGCCUUAUCACAUUUUUCUUAAAAUUGAUUGGCUGUUUGAAUCCUAUGAUUAAAUAUGAUUGGUUGGCUGAAGUCAGCACUUUAAUGUAAUUGGUUGAAAGAAGCACUGCUGUGAACCGAUCGGAUUGCAGGAAACACCAUUGAUUUCAAAAUGAAUAUAAUAAAAUAUGUAAUUAUUGGGCGAGGUUGAACAAAAUAUAGUGAUUUGUCAUUGGCGUGGUGAAGUAUUGCCGAUGCCGAAGCAGAUUAAUUUGGCAUUUGCCAAUGAAGCAUACAGAUAAAUUAUUUGCCGAUGCCAAAGCAGAUAUUUAAGUCAUGUGUGCCGAUGACGAGCAGAUCAAUUAUUUUCCGAUUCUGGGGGUGCAAAUUAGGUUACCAACUUAUAAUUAGUUUAAAAAAAAAAUCUUAGUUUUCUUAACUUUUUUGCCUUAAAUUCCAUGUAAUAUAUAGCUUGCUGUAACUUUUAGUCUACCAAUGCUUUUAUGGUUUAAAAAGUAUUGUUACAGCCUUCCUCCUCAUAGUGUUCGUCACUGAUGCUUCGAACUGGUAAGUGGUACUGGGAAUUCAUCGUGAAUGAGUAGGGAACUUGACAUAGAUCUGUAUUACUAAAGAGAUUUAUGAAUAAAUCAUUAGGUUACUUUGUCACGUAUUUACAAAGUACAGUACAGUUAGUUGUUACAGCAAAACUAGGUACUGUAUAGUAACUGUUCCUGGCUCCACUCCUGCUUAUACUAAGCAAAAUAGACUGAAAUUUUAGAAAUUUUAAGACAUAAGUAAUUUGUGAUGUUCUCUUGCAGGCAACGCUAGAAAGACUUGAAAAUGUAUUCCAAAUACAAUCCCAACAAGACUUUGUGAACAUUACAAAUCAAACGAACGGAACUGUAAAUGGCCAUGGUAUGUAG